CUCGUGCCACAGGUGAGAAAACAUAGCUUGUGGAAAAUACUCUGGAAUUUAAGAAAUUUGCUGGAUUGGUUCCUUGAAGGUUUUUGGAGGUGUUUCCCCUCUGUUCAGAGCAGAGCUCAGGAGCACCUAUGGAACUCGUUCUGUGCUCUCUUGCUUUCUGAGUCUGGGGGCGAAAAAGGAGAGCCAUGUCCUUGUAAACACAGAGAGCUGUUGGUGUCUUCCUCCUGCAGGCACAUCUCAUUCAAGAGGCACCUCCCUCGCCAGAUGCACGUGUCCAGCAUGGAUUACGGCCUGGAGCCGCCAGCUGUGGCUGAGCAGCCCACCAGCAUCGGCCGCAUCAAGCCCGAGCUCUACAAACAAAAGAUUGUGGACACCGAGGACCCCAAGAAAGAGGCAGAGAAAACCUGUGGGAAAAUCAACUUCACCCUCAAGUACGACUAUGAGAACGAGAUGCUGACUGUCCGAAUUCUCAGGGCUUUUGACUUGCCAGCCAAAGACUUCUGCGGCAGCUCGGAUCCCUACGUGAAGAUCUACCUCCUGCCUGACCGCAAACGCAAGUUCCAGACACGAGUGCACAGGAAGACUCUGAACCCCACCUUCGACGAGUCCUUCCACUUCCCCAUGCCCCACGAGGAGCUGGCCAGCAGGAAGCUCCACCUGAGCGUCUUUGACUUUGACAGGUUCUCCAGGCAUGACAUGAUAGGAGAAGUUAUCUUGGAGAACCUGCUUGAGGACUCGGACCUCUCCCGGGAGACUUCCAUCUGGAGGGACAUUCAGUACGCCACGACGGAAAGCGUGGACCUGGGCGAGAUCAUGUUUUCCCUUUGUUAUUUGCCAACUGCAGGUCGCCUCACCUUAACAGUCAUUAAAUGCAGAAAUCUUAAAGCUAUGGACAUCACAGGUUACUCAGAUCCAUAUGUCAAAGUGUCUUUGCUCUGUGAUGGGCGAAGACUGAAAAAGAAGAAAACCACCAUAAAGAAAAACACACUUAAUCCCACCUACAAUGAAGCAAUAAUCUUUGACAUUCCCCCCGAGAACAUGGAUCAAGUCAGCCUCCUUAUCUCUGUCAUGGAUUAUGAUCGGGUGGGCCACAACGAGAUCAUCGGGGUUUGCCGUGUGGGGGUCAACGCCGAGGGGCUGGGCAGAGACCACUGGAACGAGAUGCUGGCCUACCCCCGCAAGCCCAUCGCCCACUGGCACCCACUGGUGGAGGUGAAGAAAUCCUUUAAAGAGUGGCACGGCCGGGCAGCAAGCUUUGACAGCCAGGGCUCCUGUCCCUCCCCCAAACCACCCCCCACACCGUGAUCUGCAGCAAGGACAGCAAAAUGGGACUAAACCAAGUAAUUUUUGCACUUGGCCUUCAGUCUCAGUGGUUGCUGAGGGGCGGUGGCUGCAGCGGGACUUCUGGUCUAGUUGUUCCUGCGUAAGUAAAGGUAGAAACCUGUUUUGUGGUCAAAUAUGUUUUUGUCUAAUAUGUCUCCCAAGGUGAUGUUAUUUUUGUGGCUUUUGCUGUACGGAUCUGUUUCCAGAGGGAGAAGGUGAACUGAGAUGUGCUGGGAGUUUGGUCUGUAAAAUAACGUGUAAAAUAAUUUUUAGUGUGUGUGAAGGCUGGAAAGGGGUGAGGAGGUGUCUGCAGAGAGCAGAGGUGGCCGGGACAGGGGACAGUGGCCACUGGAAAGCUGUGGCAGAAGAUGGGAGAGACCCUCCCAAGCCACCAGUAGCUCCAUCCUCAUGGUCAGCCCCAGCCCUGCAGAGUGUCCCCAGGAUUCCUGUUCAUGUAGAGGUGUCCAUGAGCUCUUUAGAAGUUUGUGCAGUGUGUACCCCAUAAUUCCUUUUGUCAUAUAUAAAAAAAAAAAUGCUGUUGAUUCCUCAGGAGGGGAACCCUGGGUUUUUUUCCCCUGUAUCUGAAGUCUCCCCAGAGCUAUUUGCAUGAACAGUUCCUUCAGCCCCCUUUGUAGCUGCUGCUUAUCCCCCAUAACACCCCUGCGUUAUCUGGAGUGGAGGAAACAGCGGUGCCGCAGGUGGGAUUCAGGAAAAAAAUUGGGGAAGAUGUUACAGAAAUGUGUGACAGCCCUGCAUGACCACUGGAUCUCUAUUUCUUAUCUCAUCCAAGCAAUAAAGGGUGACCCAAGGGGGAAAGGGAAAUACAGAAACAUGACUGAUGUUGAAAAAAGCUUCCAAUCUAUUUUCUUGAGACUGUCAGCACUUCCUUAAAGAAUAAAGUUUCUCAGCACAAGCCCUGAAGGAAGGUCAAGUUCUGGGGAAAAAAAAAAAGCAGCUUUGCUGGUUCCUUGGCUGCAGAGGCCAAGAAUGAAGUUAGAAUAUCCCAAGUACUGGCUUUACAGCUAAAUCAGCUGAUCUUUAUCAGCCAGCUGUGGAUUUUGGACACUUUCUCAUCCUGGAUUUUUCUCUGAGUUAAGAAGUGCAUUAGUGCUGUUUAUUCCACCUUAAUUAAAUUAAGCAAAAGCAAAUAUUUUGGUUUGGAGGUAGUCGGCUCUCCUCCCCUCAGGUCAGCAGGACUGUGUUCAUCAGCCACAAUCCUCAGGUCAACUUCAGUUUCCAUUUUCCCAAAUGUCACCGCAUCACCCCUGGCUGCACAUCACAGCUGGCAGAGAGGGGUGUUUGCAUUGCUCCUGGCUGAGAUGAAUCCUUUGUUCAGUGAAGGGUAAAUACAUCAUUCCUCAUCACACCUUGUGUCUUAAUUCUCUUUAUGUGCCACAUGCUAUAGGAGCAGAAACUCAAUAAAAUUGUUUUAUUUGUAA